AUGUCGUCUCCUGGGGUCAUUUCCUUGACAUUGGAAACCGCUGUCUUAUUUGCAUUGAGAGCAGCGAUCUUUCUCUCUGCCCGGAGGUAUCUGCUGCGCAGCCUCUACCACGACUUGCAGGGCCUAUCCGCCGAGACAGAACCUCUGAAUCCCGUAGCACAAGAUGAUGUAGAGUUAGACACGCUUCCAACUCCAUCGACUGCGGGGCUCGCCCCAAAGGAGCAUGCGCUCGUGCCUCGGAAACGUGCGCUGCACUCGACCAUCUCUCGCGCAAUCUUUGCGCUGUGCUUUUCCGAAAGCUUAACGCUGUUCAUCCUUCUCAUGUGUCAAGCUUUGGAUGUUUUUCACUCGCGAACACGAUUGUUGAAUUGGCAGAUAUCCCUCUGCACAUUACUUGCCUCAAUUGUACUCUUCAUCCCGUUCUCAUACAGUUUAGUCUUGAGCUAUCGCUCAGCAUCAGGACUGUACGCGGUCCCAAUUGGCGUCUUCUUGUUUCUUCUGUCCUUUAUUCCAGUACCUGCGGGUGCUGCAUCGCAUGGGAUCGUGGCCACGGUGCUCGCUCGUCUGACAGCGGCUGGAACUGUCAUCCUAGGUGCGCUAUCCGGAUUUGGAGCCAUAGACAAUGCCUGUCGCUAUCUUCCAUGGUUCUCGCGCAAAGGCAAGGCACCUUCAGGCGAGGAUAUUCUUGUCGCAGAAGAAGGCCUUUCACGUGUACGCAAUGAUUUGAUUGAGCGAAGACACUCUAUUGAGCGUAUGCAGUCUGAACAGCCCAAAGCAGAUGCAUCCUGGUUCUCCAAGGUCACUUCCAGCCUGAGCGGAAGCUCUGAUAUAUCUAGUGCGACCCAAGAGCUAGCGGGGCUCGAAGCAUUGGAAUACCACAUGGCGCGGAAUCUUGAGGCACUCAAGGAGCAGCAGCGCAAGGCAGAGUAUUCUCAGACCGUCAGCGGGCGGCUGAUCAACUGGGGUGGGUGCUUCUUCGCGAUGUACUGUGUGUACCGCAUCAUCGUCGCAAUCUUCAACCUUGUCCUUCCGCGGCGCCCGCGCGCCUCGCCGUCUGAUACGGGGCGGCGCACGACCGACGUCAUCACCGUUUGCCUCGCGUACCUGCUCUCGCUUAUCCCGGCCGUGCACGUCGACGCGGACGGUAUUGCGAUGCUUGCGCGGCAGAUCAGCCUCGCGCUCGUCGGCGUGAUCAUCCUGAGCAGCAUCCGCAUGGUCCUCCGCGGCGUCGCGCGCGCACUGCGCGUGACGAGCCGCAACCUCGGCGCGAGCCUCAUGCUCCUCAUGCUCGCGCAGCUCAUGGGCAUCUACCUCCUGACGACGCUCAUCCAGCUCCGCACGUCCUUCCCCCCGCCGCCUUCGCACCCCGACACCGAGGCGGAUGUUGGAGUUGUGAACCUCUUCUCGACGCUACCCGAACACCAAGUCUUCGGCGCGCUCUUCGACAGCUCGCUCCUUAUCAUGGCGGGCGUGAGCGCAGUUGUGCGGUGGUUUUCGCACAGGAUAAACAGCGUCGGAAUCGUAGACUCAUAG